AUGCGCGCCGAGACGUUCUUCCCGUCGUGCUGGGACGGCAAGAACCUCGACAGCAACAACCACAAGGACCACAUGGCAUUCCCCGCCAUUGGCGCGUACAACUUUGGCGUGUGCCCCCAGACACACCCUCGCGCGAUCCUGUCCGUCUUUUACGAGUUCUUCUACGGCACGGGCGCCGUGGCGGACCCGAACCGGCUGGUGUGGGCGAUGGGCGACCCGACAGGCUACGGCCUGCACGGCGACUACCUGCAGGGCUGGACUGACCAGGUGCGGCUCGAGCAGGCGAUGGCGACGUGCACGGGGCCCCGGGGCGUGGACGACGGCGGGUGCAGCCUCAACGUCGGUCCGGACGGCAGCCCCGGGCACUCGGCGAAGCAAAAGCCGCAGGUGGCCGAGCCGGAGGAGCCGGUUGGCAGGGACGGGCCGCUGGACAGGCUGCCGGGGAACAACCCGGUUACUGGGGAUGCGGUCUGA